AUGCCGCGAGUCAAGUCGACAACAACUGCCAACCUCCUUGAUCUGGCCGAAGUUGUUACAACGACUGUGAACAGUGCGCUGAACUCAACGAAAAAGGAUAUGUGGGGAUUCCCAUACGACAGACCGCUCUCCAAUCCGUAUGGGCAAUAUGUAAGUUGUAAACCCCGUAACUGUCAUACUACAAGUAUGCAGUUUCCAAAAUCUUUUCUACGAAUCUAAACAUGAAUAUCUAUGCGGUAGCUUGGUAUUUUCUGUCCGAGUUCAAUAAUUAUGAAACAUAGUCAAUGUAUGCACAUAUAAUUAUCUUCUGAAACCUCAAGUUUAUACCUUCAUAGUUGACCUGUCCUAAACUACGUGGUUUUCCGCCAGUACGUACUAGUUCAGCUUUAGGGUAAAAUAUGUUGUUCGGUCUACAUACCAAAAAUAUACACAAUGUAUACGCUAGGUUUCAAAAUCAUAGGCCACUGUGGGGCCUAUAUUCACAUGUAUUAUAUUUUUAGCAAACAUAGAAAGAUGCCUGUCAUUUUAAAACAACCAAAUUUCAAAUUGCGACAAAUUCGUCCUUUCUUCUAGCCGGAUCUCAGAAUUGCCCAAACAUAGCAGCUUAGGUAUCGGCUUAUAAGGCUUAUUGUAGGUGGUCUCUAUGAUUUUGACAAAGUGAUUACACUUCAAACAGGGUGGUUACAUUGGUCCUAAUCGAUGUUUACCAAAUUUGAACUAGAAAAAUGAACAUACCGUGAAUAUAUAUCUAUGUUUAAUUUCCUAUAAAAAAAUUGGCCUUGUAUAAUAUCUGCGGCAUAUUUUCAGUUAUACGACACCUUUUAUGGAAAAGGGGUCCAGCUUGAAAUUAUUUUGCCUCCAAUUUUAUACAUUAUCCUCAUGUUCCUCAGUUACUUUGGCAAUGGGAUGAUAGUGUUUUCAACUAUCAUCAACAAAAAUCUCCACGGCUCCUACAAUAUUCUAAUGUGCAUGGGUUGCAUUGGCGACAUGAUGCAUCAAAGUUGUCAUUGGGUUUACUCCGUAAACAUGUUCUCGGGCAAUAAUUUCAUUCCUUACAAUUUGUGCUUCUACACUCAAGCCUUUUUUCAAACUGGGGGCACUCUAAGCGUGUUGAUGACAUUUUUUGUUGGAGUGGAUCGAUUGAUCAGUGUUACUCUGCCUACCACUUACCGACAACUCAAUUACUGGCUUUACAUUGGGUCAAUGUUUUUGAUAACGGCCGCUUUUGCGUUGUACGUUCUGUAUUUGGGAUGGGCUCACGUUCAUACGGAAUAUGGAGGAGAGUAAGUCAGUUGGAUUUGUGUUAGAACAAACAAAACCUGUUUCUCGUCUAGCCUUCUCUUUUCAUUCUGUGUGAUCAAUGGGAACGUAUAGUUGGGUCCUUCCUCCAGCCGACUCUAGGUCCCUACUAGUUCCACAGGUAUCAACGGGACAAUCUCCCAGCUGAUAGAUCCCCAAACGCCGAAUCCAACUGUUACCGGCGAUAGUUUAUUGAUAGGUCGCGAAUACAAUACAACCAUAUACCAAUAUAAUAGAUCAAAUAUCCCGCCAAACGCACGACCGCUCCUCUAACCUCACAUUCCAAACCAACCCCCUUCGUUCUGACCUCCAUUCCAACGUUCCAAUCCUCUUUUCUCCAUUGUGGCGAAAUGCCAAGGUUCUAAUGUCUCCGUGGCUGGGCGCAGAUCGGACCCCAAAGUCGCUGUAUCGUCUGCGGCCUCGCAGAUCUUUCGAAAAGAGAUCAUUCAAUACAUGGGCUCUUCUCGGAAAGCGCAAGUUAAAAAUUUCAAGUAUUGAUAUUUGAACAAAAAUUGUGGGUUUCAUAUGAAACUCUUCCCUUGUGGAAAUCCCAGUUAGAACACCUUCCCUGAAAAUUCUUUCUUUAGACCCGUAAUGUGCGUAAUCAUUGACUCCAUGGGCGGAGAAGCAGCCAACACUUGGUUCAUAAUGUGUGUUGCAACAAACGCACUUGACGUUUUAAUCUAUGGCGCUGUUUGGGCUACACUGAAGCUGAAGACCGGCACCUCUGACUCGAUGAAGAAAGUGUUCAAAUCACUUUUGGUGAUUAUGUGUUUCGUAUUCUUUGGCUGGAUGCUGAAUGCGUUUGUUCGCUCGGUUUUACUGGUCUACUUCAACAUCCCGAUUGAGGAAUGGUUUUACUAUGCGUCGUAUUUUGGGCUUUGCGCGAACAUUGCGAGCACUUCCAACUUUGCCGUCUUGUACAUUUUCAGGUGAGUGUUUUUUGUUUUUUUGACUGCAUGUGAAAGUAUAUAAGACUAAAAUUUUCCUACAAUGAGGGGUCAAGCACGACAGACUGUUUUGGCCAAAAAAGAUCCACUUUGAAAAACGCGAUCUGAGAUUUUCAGAAACUUUCUUGGGGGCAAGACGCUUAUUAGAAGGUUAUCAGACGUACACCUUACAUUGCGGUUUCAAACAGUUCCCUAAUAAGUCUAUUUCCAGUUCCGAAUACCGUUCCACCUUCCAACGUCUGCUCGGCCCCAUAUUCCCAUGCAUGAGGCCGAGGGAUAGCGAGAAAAAAGUCUUCAACACCCCCUCAACGAUCACAGCCAUGCCCAGCAAACAAUGA